AUUCCUCCCAGUAUCUCUGUCCGCAGUUCCCCAGGCUGUUGCCUCCCUGCCGCCGCUUUCUCUCCCGUGCGCGUCCCGGGCGAGCCGAGCCCCCUCCCCAGCCCGCGACUGCGCCCUGGGCCCCGAGCGCCCCGCCCCACCCGAGAACCUGCGCUGAGGCGGCCCCACAGGGCUCAGGCCCAGACCCUCAGCGUCCACCGCCCGCUGCCCGCAUCCGCCCGCCCGGCGUCCGAGCCUUUCACAGGCGACGGGUAGAGCUGGAGCCCCGGGCCUGGGCGCCAGGUGGGCUCCUGGGAGGGUCAUGAAGCAGGCCCUGGUGGAUGAUACCGAGGAUGUGUCCCUGGACUUUGGAAACGAGGAGGAGCUGGCCUUUAGGAAAGCGAAGAUCAGACACCCCUUGGCCACCUUUUUCCACCUGUUUUUCCGAGUGAGUGCCAUCGUCACCUACGUGUGCUGCGACUGGUUCGGCAAGAGCUUUGUGGGCUGUUUUGUCACGGUGCUGCUCCUCCUGUCCCUGGACUUCUGGUCUGUAAAGAAUGUAACCGGAAGACUCCUGGUUGGCCUUCGAUGGUGGAACCAGAUAGAUGAAGAUGGGAAGAGCCACUGGAUCUUUGAAGCCAGGAAGGUCUCCCGGAAUAACACUGCUGCCACAGAAGCUGAAUCGCGGAUCUUCUGGCUGGGCCUCAUCAUCUGCCCCAUGAUAUGGAUUGUGUUUUUUUUUGGCACCUUAUUUUCCUUGAAGCUAAAGUGGCUGGCUCUCGUGGUUGCUGGGAUCUCUCUCCAAGUUGCAAACCUGUAUGGCUACAUCCUUUGUAAGAUGGGAGGCAACAGUGACAUUAGCAAGGUCACAGCCAGUUUCCUGUCCCAGACAGUGUUCCAGACGGCCUGCCCAGGUGACUUUCAGAAGCCGGGCCUUGAGGGGCUGGAGAUUCACCAGCAUUAGGAAUUGAUGAGGUUCUCUUCUUUUGACUGACGGAGAUCACAAAACUCUUGGAUUCCUGGAAAACAAGACGACAGGCAUAGAGUGCUAAGAAUUGUCCACCCCUUGACAGCCCCGUCCUGUGCUGGAGAGGGCCGUGUCUUGACGGGGCUGGAAUCCUCUGGCUAGUUCCAUAAAAAGCCCUGUGUCUGUGAUGCCCCGAGUCUUUGAAAGUGACCGGAAUACCUCACACUGCCCAUCAGAGUCAUAACCAAUGGCUGAGGCCUUCCUCGGCCCAUCUAUAGAUGGAGGAUUCUGGGAAUGCUGUUUCCUUACCCUCAACAUCAUUUUUCUAGGCAAGUAAAACCCAGCCACAAACUUGGAGACUGCAGCUUUAACAAACACUGACACCUCUGCCUUCACUCUGGGGCCUCUAAUAGCUGCCACUGGCUGCACGUGGGUUUGGUCUGGCUAACCAAAGUUUUUAUUUCUAUUUUUUUAUUUUUUUGAGACACGGUCUCACUCUGUUGCCCAGGCUGGAGUGCAGUGGCGCGAUCUCGGCCCACUGCAACCUCUGCCUCCCAGGUUCAAGCUAUUCUCCUGCCUCAGCCUCCUGAGUAGCUGGGACUACAGGCGAGCGCCACUACACCUGGCUAAUUUUCAUAUUUUUAGUAGAGACAGUGUUUCUCCGUGUUAGCCAGGCUGGUCUCGAACUCCUGACCAGCCUCAAGUGAUCUGCCUGCCUCCUCCACCCAAAGUGCUGGGAUUCCCGGUGGGAACCACUGCACCUGGCCUGUUUUUUUGUUUUUAUCAGUUACUUUUUUAAAUGAAUUACUUUAUCGCUUUAUUGGGAUGUAUUUCCUAAGCCAUAAAUUUCACCCUCACCAUGCUUGUUCAACUAUGAAUUAAUUCACAAUACUCACACAUGGAGAGAUUUCUCAUGGACUCCUGGCUUCCUGGGCUAUGGAGGCCACUGUGUGGUCACUGCAGACCCACCCACCCACCCAUCCUUCCACACCCCCCAUACCCUUGGCUCCUUUACGUUGCUUCCUGCCCCACAGGCAUCUGCAUUUAGUACGCAUGGAAAUACUUACUCUGAAUUAUACUUCUGUAGGCUAACGUGGCUGGGGAAUCUGGGGCGUCAGUGAAGAAAGACUGGCCUUUGUCACAAUUCUUACCUUAAAAGAAACAAACGGAAGACAAUUCAGUCCGAGAGGAAAACAGAGGGCCACAAGAUUUCGGGGCUCUUUCUGUGCUGGUGACAGUGGGAAGAUCUUGAGCCCGCUUCACUCGUAAUGAAGAACAAUGUAGAAAAGGCCACGGGGGUCUCUGGGACCUUCCUUCCAGCAGGGUCCCCAGCCAGCAUUUCAGCGUGGCUAAAGAAUCAGGUGGCGUACAGAAAAUGCAGGUUCCAGGGCCCUACGGAGAACUGAUUCAGCAGCUUCCAGGUGGGCCCAGGAGUCUGCAUUUUAAGAGAUUAGCUUUUGAGCAAAAGGAUCAUGAAUAUACAUGGUUGAAAAAAGUACAGACUACAAAAGGAUAUGGCGUGAAAGGCCAAGUCCAAAAGGGCUACUAGUGUUCGAGGUGUCUUUCCAGAAAGAUUAUGCGCAUAUAAAUGGGCACAUUCGCAGGUGUGUACACACACAUACACACACUCAUAUACCUCAAAUACGAGUGGGAGCACAUGACACACACAUUCUGCUCACUGCUUUGUCUGUGUAUAAUUUUAUCUUCCAGGUCAUCUGUGCUGGUGUCCAUCCGUCUGCUAGUCUUUCCCUGCCAUGUGGCCAUUGUUCCAGUCCCCUCCUAUGCACACCCAGGUUUCUCUAGGACCAUGUUAUCCCAGAGCCAGGACACAGGGGCCUUGGAGUCACUGGGGGUGUUCUCGCCCCCAGUCUGCCCUACGAGCCCCCGGUUGUGGGUGGACCUGCCAUCAGCUUGCUCUCCCCACUCUCUAGGCCCUGAGCUGCUGGAGAAACAGGGCCAAGUGACUGCACUGCCCAUGUCCCGUCACCAGCCUCAGGUGAACCCCAGGAGGAGUUCCUACCUUGCACCUACCAUUUCCUCAACUUCACUACUGUGCUGCCGUGUGGGACAGGGAAGUCCAAGUCGGGGAAGAAGCCUGUGGGGAGAGGGUGGUGGGAGAUGGGGAGCCCAGAUGGCCCAGUGAGGCAGGAAAAUAGGGUCUGGAGACAGGGAACAUAAGGCCAAUUCGCACUUGAGCCAUAACAGGAAAUGUCCUCUCCAUAGGACGUACGCCAUAAAUGACUCUGUAACUUUACUUCUUCCUCUUCAUUUAUAUAGGACGUACCCCAAGUAGAGGAUAUUUAAACACAAAAACUCUGUAAUGGGGCCUUUGAGCCCCUAUUCUCCGGCCCAUUCCCUUCCCACACUGUGGAGUUUACUUUCAUUCUCAAUAAUUCCUUUCAUUCCUUCCU